AUGCAGUACAUAAGGGAUUUGGAUGAAAAGGCAUAUGAGUAUCUUGCAAACAUUGCACUUGCACAGUGGACAAGGUUGGAGAAAUUGAAAGUUGAAAGUAAGCCAUUUAGUGCUACCCCAGCUGGUAGCUUCCUUUAUGAGGUAGGCAGUCAGUAUGAGAGGCAUGUAGUUGAUUUGGUGAAGAAGACAUGUAGUUGUAGGUCUUGGGAUUUAAAUGGCAUUCCUUGCAAACAUGCCAUAAUAGCCAUUUAUACAAACAUUGAGACACCAGAAGACUAUACCCACCCAUGCUACUUCAAAGAAACUUACAUGGAGAUAUACAAGGAGGUACUUCCUCCCAUGCCUGGCCAGUCAGAAUGGGCUGAGACUGGACAGCCUGCUCCCCUGGCACCUCACAUAUACAAACCACCAGGCAGACCACCCAAGCAAAGAAAGAGGGCUUCUGAUGAGUCUAGGAACUCUUACAAAGCAAGUAGACUGAACAGACCUGUAAGAUGUGGGAAAUGCAAAAAGGAAGAGCAUAAUUCAAGAGGGUGCAAGGCUGGCAACACUGGGGAGACACCAUGGCAGAGGAGAUAG